CAAGGAACCACCAUUAGCGGUUUAAAGAACUUUCUAGACCAGCAUAUUAUGACAAUGAAAACUUGAAUGUCAAAACUGUGCAGAUGCUCAAUAUCUUAAGGCAGAUGAGCGAAUAUUUUCUUUUUGCGGUAAUUAAAUGCAGCAAAACAUAAUAUUAAUAGUUAAUUAUCAUAUUAGAAAUGGAUAAAGAGGAUAAUAAAAAGAAUUAUUCAGUAAUGGUUCGUCCAAACGAAUCGUUACCUGUUAAAUCCACAGCGAUUGUUAAAUAUUCGGCAUUUCAAACACCUGCAAAUUUUGCACGACUUCAAUGUAAUACUGAUCUCAAUUCACCACCUUCAAAUUGGUUAAGUAAUUCUGCAGAUUCUUAUGGACUUCAACAUGUGUUAUCACAAUCAACUGGAUUUUCAAGUUUUAGAAUGGCACACAUGUUUCCCGAUUGUGUUGGAGAAGUGGACGUUGUAUCGGAUGCAGAAAACAUAAAAAAUUUACUAAAAUUACCAUACUCUCGUGGACCUGUUAGUAUGAUGGUGCAUCGUAUUGAAAAUACACUUUUAAUCGAUGAUUUCGACAUCCAUAAACAUUUAUUACGAACAGCCGAAACCGAAUGGGAUUGGUUACGAAAAUUCUUUUUUGAUAACAUUCAAAAAGCCUUAAAUGAAAAAGAUCUCGAAUUAUAUAGACGUAGUAAAAGUCGAAAUAUUUUACAGCAACGAAGUUUAAUCUCCAAAUUUUUAUAUCAUAGUCUAGUUGAACCGAAAAAAGAUGAAGAAGAAACGAAAAAUAAUGAGGCAACACCAAGUAGUACACCGUUAACAUUACCAGGUCCGGCUUUACCUGAACCAAAUAUUGAAGAAGAGGUACCCGAUCCUACAACUAAACAUAAAUAUAAUCGAAAUGUUGUGUGGACAUUUGAAGAUAUUCAAAUGCUUAUCGGUACUGAUAUGCCAAUAUUUGGAGGAUCAACACAUCCUUGUAUAUCGCUUCGACUACGCGAUAUGAGUAAAUCGAUUAGUGUAUUAACUGGUAUUGAUUAUUGGUUAGAUAAUUUAAUGUCAAAUGUUCCCGAAGUCGUAAUGUGUUAUCAUUUAAAUGGUAUUGUACAAAAAUAUGAAUUUAUCAAGACUGAAGAUUUACCGUACUUAGAGGAUUCGAAAUUCUCACCAAAAUUAAUUCGAGAUAUUGCACAGAAUAUUUUAUCGUUUUUAAAAUCUAAUGCAACGAAAGCUGGCCAUACAUAUUGGUUAUUUAAAGGUCGAAAUGACGAUGUAGUUAAAUUAUAUGAUUUAACUUCUUUAUGUUCGGGAGUUUUAGAUGAGAAAGGUCAAAAUCCUUUUACUGUACCAGUUGCUAUGUUAUUAUAUCGAGUUGCUAGAAAUAUGAAGCAUACUCAACAAGAUGGUGCUGUUCAAACAGGUACAAUUCGGAUGCUGUUAAAAAAUUGUGUAGAGCUUUUGAAUAAAGAAAAAUAUCCCCAAAUUGUCACGUCUUCACAUUAUAUGCUUUCGGAUUUAUAUAUUCCUGCACAUACUAAUCCAAAUGAACCAGUUUUUAAUGAAAGUCAUGAUAGUGAUUCUAGUAAUUAUGAAGAUGAUGACGACUCAUCACUACAGAAUAGUGGAAACGAUGCAAUUAAACAGUUACGCUUAAGUGAGCCAUAUGAUCAAGACAAUAGUGAACCAUUCCGAUAUAAAAUACCGACCCCAGUCGUAGGAUCAAUUUUUGAACGAUGUUUUAUGGCCUUACAACAUAUAAGCGCCGGAUUAAAUUGUUUACAAUAUUUUUCAAGUGCAUCAACAAAAUGUAAAGAAGAUGACGAAAAUGCUGAGAAGAAAAAGAAAUUAGAUGAAGAAGAAAAUUUAAAUAUGGCACAUCCAUUUGAACCAAUACCAAUGCCAUAUGCUUCGUUGAAUUCGAAUGCAAAUGAAGGAAAAUCAAAGAAAAAGCGUCGUAAUAAAGCUGAAAAGAAGAAAAAAUCGACAGCUGAAGUAGAAACUGAACCACCAAAAGCGUUACUACCAAAACCUAAAGCGGAAGCAAUGCCUACUUGGCAAGAACCAGAUAGGUCUGAUGAUGCUUCAUGGAAUGCUCAUUUAAAAACGUUGUUAUAUGAAAAAGCUUGUCUUGUAUAUGCUAUUUUAGCCGAACAGGAAUUUAUAUUAGAAAAUUAUGGUAGCAGUUUACGAUAUAUUAAAAUUCUGGUGAAAUGUCAAAAAGUAUUAAAAAAAUUACAUUUUUCGUCUCAGCAUGUACAAGAAAGUUGUUUAUUAGGCCGAGCUGGUGAUUGUUGUUGUAUGAUUGAUAAACAUUGGUCACAAGUUGAAGAGUAUCGAAAACAGUACAAUCAAACUUCGGAUAUUCAAACAGCAAUGGAUAAUGAAAUUGCGAAGGAUUGUCAAGAAGAAGAAUCAGAACAAUACGAAAAUUGGGAUGGUUUAUUGCCCGAAUCAAUAGAAAAUAAUGAGCAAUUGCUACAAAUAAGUUGUCAGUGCUACGAGAGAUCAUUAGCGUCAGAACCUGGAGCAGAAAAAACUAAUUUACUACGAAGACUAGGUAACGUUCACAAUGAACUGGGAACAUUAUACAUGAAUCAAGCCUGUACUGAAUUUAAUAAUGGAAAUACAGAUAUUCAACGAUUGAUCAGCAAAUCAUCAUAUAAUUUAGAGACAGGGAUCAGAAAAUUUGAGUCGAUCGAUGAUAAACCGAAUUUAGCAUUGUUAUAUUCAAAUAUGGGACGAUUAAUGAGGUUAUGUGCACAUGUUCAUUCGUCCAAUACUUCGGAAAAAUUAUCGGAAAUGGUGGGACAAGAAAAAAUAUUUUAUAAUAAAGCAUUAGCGAAUUAUCAAAAGGCUCGUCAAGUAUUAUUAAAUCGAAAUACAAAUCCAGAAAUUUGGGAUGCGAUUACUUGGGAAUUAUCAACGGCAUCAUAUAAUAUGGCCACAUUAUUGCAAGAUUAUCCAACAGUAGAUUCCAGGACAUCAAAAGAAUUAGAACAAGAAGUUGUGGAAAUGUUACAUAAAGCAUUAGAAUAUUGUGAUAUGGAAACACCAACGUAUCGACAACCUAUUUAUCAAUUUCGUGGUGCUAAAAUUCAUCAUCGUUUAGCAUCGUUGUACCAUAACAGUUUUCGCAAUAUUACCGGUGCUGAUUCACGUAAAAAAAGUACUGUUACUCUAUGUAAAUUACAUUAUGAGCGAGCAACAUCAAUUUUGUUUGCUUUAGAAGAUUGUGUCGAAUAUUUAAGUGUACAAUUGGAAUAUAUCGCUUUGUAUCAAUUGUUAUUCCAAAACGCAUCUAGUGUUUCAUCCAAAUAUAAAAAUUUAAAUAUAAGCUUAAAAUUAAUUUUGGAUGCUUUACCUAUGAUCAAAAUAAUGAAUGAAAAACACGUUCAUCCAAAUAACAAAACCGAUACAAAAGUGUCAACAAAACAAUCAAAAUCAAAGAAGAAAAGAGAUUCAGAAAAAAUGAAAAACGGUGAAAUUAUCUCAGAUAAUUCCAAAACAGACGCCGACAAUAAAAAACAAAUUGAAGAAGCGGAAAAAGAAGAAGCAAUCGAUACAGAAAUGCUAAAAUUAUUGAAUAUAACCGAGAGUCAACUACAAUAUAUAUUAUUAAAUUUAACAAAAUUAUUUAUUAAACCAAUUAAAGGUGUUACGGCGGAACAUUGUUCAACGUAUGGUAGUACUUACAAAAAAUUAUAUGGUAUCACGUUAAGAACACCCACAAAUUCAUCAAUUUCAUUGGGUUUGCAUUUAGAACGUGUUAUGAUUGAAAUUAAAAAAGAAAUCGAUAAAAUUCCCGAACUGACUUUACCAAGUAAAUCAAUUCAAUAUAUUCGUGUGCAUUGGUUGUUAGAUUUAAUACAUAUUGAAAAUAGCCAUAAUGGUUCAUUUACUUAUGACUUUACAAAUAUGGAUAUAUUUUUAAAUUGGAUUCAUAAGCGUGGAUUAUAUAUUGUUUUCGAAUUCAUGGGAAAUGAUUCCAAUCUUUUGUACGACUUCGAUGAUAAAAACCAAAUCAUUCUAUACCGAAAGCUAUUGCGAAAAAUAGCUAAAAGAUAUGUUAAAUUAUUCGGAAAUGACUACGUGAGUAAUUGGAAAUUUGAAACAUGGAAUGAACCAGAUUUGAAAACUUAUAACGUUUUAAACUUUACAACUACUGCAUUUAUCAAUUACAUAAAAGCGACAAAAGAUGGCUUAUCAUACAUAAAAAAGAAUGGUAUGCAAUUACGUUUAGGUGGACCAGCUGGAUUAUUUAAAUCACCGGAUUUACAUCGUCUAUGUUGGGGUGCACUUGAGUAUUGUUCAAAGUUUAAUUGCCCUUUUGAUUAUAUUUCAUAUCAUGCGAAGGGGAAUGCAUCCAGUGAUGAUAUUGUAAAUAAGGGAUUACGUCUCAUUGAAUAUGUACAAAAUGAGUUUCCCACUAUUGCGGAUAUGCCGUUCAGUAAUGAUGAAGCUGAUCCGUUAAGUGGUUGGUCAACAAGUGAAGAUUGGCGUGGCGAUACAAGAUAUGCUGCAAUGAUGGUGAAAAAUAUUAUUCAACAUCAAAAGAUUUUUAUCAAUCAAAUGAAUAUCAAAUUUGAAUUGUUAAGUAAUGAUAAUGCAUUUUUAAACUAUCAUCCAUAUUAUUUUUCACAAAGAACAUUAUUAACUCGAUUUCAGAUGAAUAAUACAAAUCCAAGACAUAUUCAAUUUAUAAAGAAACCAGUUUACAUAGCAAUGGGAUUGCUAUCAUUUUUAGGUAAUUUUUCUGCUUAUUAG